AUGUCUCUCAAGCGGAAAUCUGUCUUCCAGGCCGUCCCAUCUAGCCCAUUGGCACCAGCCAAUGAAUGGGGAAUAGUCGAUACCUCAGCCCACCUCCACAGCCGGACGCGAAAGCGCUUCCGAAACGACCGGCCUAGUGACGCAGUGGUUUAUGCUUCAAUGCUCACAUCAAGCUCAGAGAACACCCUUCGGUGGAUUUUCUCCGCCCAGCAACAACAGAACUCGACGCCGGCAGUUGACAACACAGCCAUGGACUCAGCUAUGGAUUCGGAACCGACUCUUCCACCCCCAGAGACAGUUGAUCCACGACAGCAAACUUUGCACCGAUUCUUCCAGCCCACACCUCAGCCAUCUUCACCCUUCCGCCCCUCUCGCCAAGCUCUGGCACCUCGAGCCAAUGAGACAGGCCUGGCCCAAGAGGAUCUUCUUCGUCGCAAAGCAUUUGAUCGCAUGAAUUCUGUGGAUAGCUCGAGUGACAGUGAGACAACGAGCCCUGGUUGUAACCAGCCAGACGUCGACAUGGACGUGGAUAUGGAUUAG